GUGUGUGUGUGUGUUCACACAUCUCUCGCUCAGGAGAUCCCUACUCGACUGUUAGACCAGGAACGUCAGCACUUCUCCCCGGGAAAGAUCUACUUCUUCUUCUUUAUUUUUUUUCCUUCUGGAAUUUUUUUUUAAAUCCCAGGAUGCAUUUGGGCAUCUGUUGUUUUAUUUUUCCCAUCAGGAUGCCUGCACAGGUGAUCUUCCAGGAGCAUCCAGUUCCCCUCUCAGCUGUUUAAGACGUGGAACCAGAGGGACUUUUUUUUUUUUUUUUUUUUAAUGAAUCACCCAGCGCCUUUCGACGCCAUGACGUACAACCCGAGGAUCGUAUAAAUCUCCCCCGCAGGACGGAUCGCCUGGUCUAGCGCAGCGUCGCAUAAGAGCGGCAGAGGUAACCUCACGCUACCGAAGAUCCCGGAGUCUAACAUGGCUCUCAGCGUGCUGGGAGUUUUCCUGGGAUUGCUUCUGGAAGUUUCCACCCACGGACCGUCCAGCGUCCCCAGGACUUUGUGGAGACAUGAAGAGAUUAGCCUGGCGGAGUUCUCCGAGCCGGGUGUGUGUAACUACUCCACUCUGUUGCUGAGCGAGGAGCGUGGCGCGCUGUAUGUCGGAGCCAGGGAGGCCGUCUUCCAGCUCGACCUCAGUGACGUGUCCAUCAAAAAGAACCAGGUGCUGUGGAAGGUUCCAGAAGGUGACAUGAGACUGUGCACCUUAAAAGGAAAAUCUGCAGAGACGGACUGUCAAAACUACAUCCGGGUUCUUCAGAUUUUAGACGAGGAGCGCUUGUACGUCUGUGGAACCCAUGCCUUUCAGCCACUCUGUGAUUACCUGUCAUUAAAGAACUUUACGCUAAUGGGGAAGCAGGACGACGGCAGAGGGAAGUGUUCAUUUGACCCCACUCAUAGUUUUACCUCCGUCAUGGUCGACGGUGAGCUGUACUCAGGGACGGCAUAUAACUUCCUGGGCAGCGAGCCGAUCAUCUCCAGGUUCUCGUGGCCUCAGAGGCUCCUGCGUACAGAAUACUCCACAUCCUGGCUCAACGAGCCCAGCUUCGUGUUUGCAGACGUGAUCCGGGAGGGAAGCAACAGUCCGGACGGGGACGACGACAAGAUUUACUACUUCUUCACAGAAGUCUCCGUGGAGUACGAUUUCUUCGGAAAGCUCCUGAUUCCCCGUAUAGCCCGUGUCUGCAAGGGGGAUUUAGGAGGUCAGAGGACUCUGCAGAAGAAGUGGACAUCCUUUUUGAAAGCCAAGCUGGUCUGCUCCAUGCCCGAGCUGAAUUUCGUCUUUAACGUCAUCCACGAUGUGUUCAUCGUUAAAACCUCUGACUGGAGAGAAACCGUCAUCUAUGGCGUCUUUACCUCGCAGUGGGGAAACAUGGGCCUCUCUGCCGUGUGUGCGUAUAACAUGACAUCAGUGGACGAGGUCUUCUCUAAAGGGAAGUACAUGCAGAAGGCUACAGUGGAACAAUCCCACACCAAGUGGGUCCAGUACAACGGCAUCACGCCCUCUCCCAGACCCGGAGCAUGCAUCAACAACCAGAACCGCAUGCAGAACAUCACCAACUCCCUGCUGCUGCCCGAUAAGACGCUGCAGUUCGUGAAGGACCACCCGCUCAUGGCCGACGCCGUGCUGCCCAUCGGCCACGGGCCGCGCCUCAUCGCCAAGAACGUCAACUACACACAGAUCGUCGUGGAGAGAGUCACCGCCCUCGACAACAACGUCUACGACGUCCUCUUCGCCUCCACCGAUAAAGGGUUUCUGCACAAGUCCGUGGUGUAUGAGGGCGGGCCACACAUAAUCGAAGAGAUCCAGCUGCUGAAAAGCGCACAGCCAAUCAAAACCCUGCUGCUCUCAACACAAGAGGGCAGCUUCCUGUACGCCGGGUCGGACUCCGGCGUGGUCCAGUCUCCCACUGCGUUCUGCGAUAAAUACGUGACCUGCGAGGACUGCAUUCUUGCUCGAGACCCGUAUUGUGCCUGGGACACGCACGCCGUUUCCUGCAUUAACGUUUUUCAGAAGAAGGAUAACAGACACCACAGGAGGUUUAUUCAGAACCUGAGAGGAGAUGCAGAAGAAUGUCCAUCAGCAAGACCACGUUCCAUAGACCGGCCCGAUCAGAUGGUGGUGAAGCCGGGCAGUUCGGCGGAGCUGAGUUGCGACGUGCGCUCACAGCUGGCGCAGGUGUUUUGGAAGGUCAACGGCAAUGUCCUGACCGAGUCGCCUCACGUCCUCCUGAUGGCCGACCAGGGGUUGCUCGUCUACAGCGUCUCUCCACAGGACCAGGGCCACUACGAGUGCUGGACCGUCGAGUCUGCCGCUGGGAAGAAUUUUACCCGGCUAGUGGCCUCCUACGACCUACGACUGGAGCUUCCCGAGAUCUCUCUCGCGUCCGAUAUCUUAAACGGCGAUCCACCCACAUCACGCACCGCCGCUGCCACCACCACCGCGCCACCGCGAGGUAAUAACGGCAACAAUAACGCCGCAGGAGCUUCUCCACUAACUCCAUCCGCCCUGUCCAGCGUGCCUCCGCCCCCACUAACCCGCCCCGCUACCACGGCUAACGUCUACGCCGCGAAACCAGACACUAAACAUUAUGUACCUCCUCACGACAGCGACCCGCGAGAGCAAGGACCCGAGAUCAAAGAUCCGCAUGCGACGUACCUCCAGUACGACAACAGUAAAGCGCUGCUGUUUCUCUUCCUGCUCUUCUUCCUCCUCUUCCUGUUUGGACUGGGGUACAACUGCUACAUGCAGUACCUCCCGGGUCCAUGCCUGAGGCUCCGGGCCGCCCUGCUCGGCUCGCAGAAGAAACCGCAGCGCGAGUACGCGGCCUGCGAGGCGGGACUGAUGGACAAACCGGACCAGGCCGAACCGCAGCGUCAGAACGGAGCGAUACGGGAUACGGGAUACGAAACGGAACCGGAGUGCGGAAACGGCAAAGUGACAUCAAACAGCUACGAACAGGACAGCGAAAGUGCCUCCAAACAAGGACCGUUCGACGUCAACUGCGAAUCGCAACCGAUCGAGUACGCGGACGCCGACGCAUCGUAACGGAAACUAGCAAAAAAAAAAAUCUGAACAAAUGACUUUUUUUCCUGAUAUUUCCAUAGAUUUUAAUCCCAAAAACCUCACGUACUGAAACACGACCUUUUUUUUUCUCCUUUUUUUUUUUGUACUUUUGCUGUCUCACCUUUUCUUUUUCUCAUUUUUUUUUUUUUUUUCAAUCUCUACAAACAUUUUUUUUUUUAAGAUUUUUUUAAAAAAGCACAUGAUUCCAAAUUGGAAACAUGGUUUACCAAAUUGGUAAGUUAUCUCAAUGUUUUCCAAAUUGGAGCAAUAAUAAAAAAAAAAAUUUUUUAGGUGGGCGGAGACUGUUUUCUCUUUAUUUGAUUUUAUUUUUAAAAAAUUAUUCCCGCCCCCCGCGUCACUUCACCCUCCCUACAGUCCUGUUGUGCGCUGUUUGUCGCGGUGUCACGUGUCACUCUCAGGGACGUCCAGCGUACUCUGCCAAAUCUUUCCAGAUCAGCUGACGAAUGAAGGACAGAACCGGGGCACUCCUCUUAAACACACAAAGCGCUGGACGGAUGGACAAAUGAACAUGGACACGGUGAAGGAUAAUCGUUCCUCGCAGAUCCAGAACUAUGGACCUGGAGAUGAAAAUGCCUAAAAACAGUAUUGAGACACAAAUUUAUUAAUAAAUGGACAAACUGUGAGUCUUGGGGGCGUCUCGUAAAAUUGGUGUUCCGGGUUCUCGGUUGUUGUUACCAUGUGGUUCUUACUCACUCUCGAGAUGUGGGAGAGCUUCCAACGUUCCUCUAACAGCUCAGAUCCUGGGUUCUUUUAAUUUAUGUAGUAUAAUUUUUUUUUAACUAACAAAAUCUAAAUUUAGUUCCUUUUCACCCCUGUGUGUGUGAUUGUGUGUAAUCAGAAUUUCUUACUCUCUGUCUUUCUCUUUUUCCUUCCCCCUUGUCCACUCUCUUUCUCUCUCUUCCUGCACAGCUUGCUCAUCUUUCCCUUCCUCCUCCUCCUCCUCUUCCUCAGUCUGGAGAGGUCUGGAGGGUGGAGGUGCUCGUCUGCUCCCCCCGCUGCUGAGCGAGCAGUCUUGGGGCGUUCACUCCCACCAGGCCUUCCUCCUGUUCUGCCUGGCCGUGGGUGAGUGGUACCUCUGACCUUUGACCUCUGCAGUCUGCCUGACCUGCUCGCAGUCUCCUCAUGCCUGCUGUUGAGGUGUUUUUUCUCUCUCUCUCUCUCUCUUUGCUUUUUGCUCCAUUCUUUGUCUCUUCUCUCUUAUUUCUCUCUUUCUGUCCUCACUUUCUCACUCUGUCUGUCUCUCUCAUUCACACACCCACGCACUUAAUCCUCAAAAGAUCAUUUUCUCUCUGUCUUUAUUUCUCUCUCUGUCAAACACCCACACACUCAGUCUCCCCCCCCCCAACCACCCACCCCCCUCCAGUAUCGUCAUCUCCGUCUCUGUUCUCUUUCUGGUCACGAUACUCCACAGAAAUGCUUCCCUUUCCUUCCUGUCUGUAUUUUUCUUUCUCUUUAUCUGUGUCUCGGCGCGGCCGUCUCGAGUUCCAGGCCGUCUGAUUAAUCAGUUCUGUUAAACCUUAGAAAGGAGAGGAAGCGCUUGAGGAGUAUUGACACGAUACAGACGAUGCAUGUUGCCAAAUCUUCUGCAUAAAAAAAAAAAAUUAUAAUAAAAAAUCCUCUUACCUCCUUCACCACAUUCGUGCCUGGAGCGCUCCGUGUUGUAGAGUAUCGGUACGACUCUGGAACAUUCCGUACAACACCUCAACAGACAAUUGAUUUCAUUUCUACCUGGACGGUUCUUGGAGAAAUAAAUCAGACUUCCUUUUCUUUCAUGUUAGACCGAGUUUGCUGUUGGACGUGCCUCUGGGAGGGAAAAAAAAAACUAAAAGAAGAAGAAAAUCUAAAAACAUUUAAAAGUCAGACUGCAUGUUGAGCCCAGUGUAUAUUUCACCUGUUUCAGUAUGAUGUUCUUGUACUUUUUCCCCCUGUAUUUUUGUGUACAGUGUAAAUAUAAGUACAUAUGUAUAUUCUCUGACUGUACAUAUUUUUGUUCUUUAAAUUUUAGCUCCCUUAAUAAAUGUUGAACUCACUGACA